GACGCGUCAACUCACCAGUUAAUUACCAUGUUUAUUGGGUGUGUCAAGCACCAGCCUAUACUACACUCCAAGCAUCCAGCAGUAGAAUUGAUGUCCCCUGGUAUACAAGGUCGUUUUGAGCGAGUCCAUUUAAGUUUCCAUGAAUUUUCAACAAUGACAAAAACUCAGUGUUUUCAAGCAUCUGAAUAGUUCCUUCUACCGAUCAAAAACUCCAACUCCGUCUACCAGGCACAUCUAAGAUAUCAGAACAUCCAUAGUUAUAAUCAAUGCAAACCCAAGAAAAAAAAAAUGUACUGCUGAACCCAACAAGUCAGUCCGUUAAUAGAUCUCUGUCUUCUUUCCUCUCGUGUACAGUAGGCAGCCAAGAGGCACGUGCCGACAACCCCACCCUACAGCACUGCUUCUUCCGGUUGAGUGCCCUUGGCAUGGACCCUGUCAUCCUGCUGGGCGGCUACUCGGCCUUCCACUCGCUCUACCCCUUCCUGUGUACACCUCGGAUGGUCCUGCUCGAGUCUGAGCGCCGCCUCCUCACCAUCUAUCCCUCUGAGAUCCUGGAAGGGGCACUGUACCAAGGUUCUGCCUCGCAAGCACAGGACUACCGCAUCAUCAAGAACCUGCAUAUCACACAUGUGGUCAACGCCACCGCUGAGAUCUCAGAUGCCUUCCCCAAUGUCCUGAGGUAUCUGCGACUCCGGCUCAGUGACGACGCCCAACAGGACCUUCGCCAGGCACUUCCGGAAGCUUCCCGUUUCAUAGCAGCAGCCCUGAGGGGCUCACCGGGCUCACCAGGAGGGCGUGUGCUAGUGCACUGCAGCCUGGGACGGAGCCGCAGCUCGGUGUUGACACUGGGCUUCCUGAUGGAACAGCGCCGCUGGUCUCUACUUCAUGCUUUCCAGUGGCUCAAAGAGAGGCGCACUUGUGCGGCACCAAAUGCCGGGUUCCUUCGUCAACUCUCUGAAUACGAGGAGCAGUUGUUUGGGAGACGCCUAACAUCGCUUGAUGACAUUCGGCUCUGAACAAGCGAGAGGGUCAUUAGGGACAAUUUUUGGAAGAAAAAACAAAGCCACAGAUUUUGGAAGACUCUGCAGAUUCAUAUUCACGAUUCUGAUUCAAGAUUCCAGAAAUUCAUAGAAUAAGGAACGUGACAGACCAAACUGCUGGUACUUAGCUGUCUACGUCAAGUGUGCCAUGCCAUGGAGGUCUAACUUCUUGCAGAGUUUUACUCUUCUGACCUUGAUUGG